UGAUGACACCACCAGCAGAAGAGGACCCUGCUGUGCUUGCAGCAGACUAUGAGAGGGAUGAUGAGGGGGAGGAAGAGGAGGAAGUGGAGGAGGAUGGGAUGCAGUUGGGGCAGGCAGACUCGGACAGAACGUCCACAGGAGAUGCUCAGGGUGUGCAGUCGGAGAGUGGCGAGGCUGAUAAAAUUGCCGCCGGUAGCAGUAGUAGUGCUGGUGGCGGUGGUGGGAAGCCGCUGCAGGCGCAUGAAUCGUCAGCGCAAGUGCACAAGCGGUGGCAGGAUCUGAUAGAAGCGUUGAUGUCUGAUGAGUGCCCAUCCGGAGGCAGUGCGGGCCAUGGGCAAAGUGGGGCUGGAGGUCAAAUUGGAUAUGCCUUGGUGCCCAUGAUUGCUCGUGGCAUUCUCCUCGGCCCUGACCAGCCGGUUAUCCUUCACCUUCUUGAUAUCCCUCUUGCCGAGAGCUCCCUCAAUGGCGUCCGCAUGGAGCUCAUUGACGCCGCUUUCCCCCUCAUUCACGGGGUCGUCGCGACGACGGAUGUUGAGGAGGCAUGCAAGGGUGUCCAGGUGGCCAUUAUGGUGGGAGGUUUCCCCCGCAAGGCCGGCAUGGAGCGCAAGGACGUCAUGUCCAAGAACGUCUCCAUCUACCGCGAUCAGGCCUCCGCUCUGGAGAAGUUCGCCGACAAGGACUGCAAGGUGGUGGUCGUUGCCAACCCCGCCAACACCAACGCGCUCAUCCUCAAGGAGUUCGCGCCCAAGUUCCCCGCCAAGAACAUCACCUGCCUUACCCGCCUGGACCACAACCGCGCUCUCGGCCAGAUCUCGGAGCGCCUGGGCGUGCCGGUGGCGAACGUGAAGAACACCAUCAUCUGGGGCAACCACUCGUCUACCCAGUACCCCGAUGUGAACCACGCCGUCGUCCUCACUCCUGAGGGCGAGAAGGCCGUGCGCGAGCUUGUCAAGGACGACGCUUGGCUCGAUGGCGAGUUCAUCAAGACCGUUCAGCAACGUGGUGCCGCCAUCAUUGCGGCCCGCAAGUUCUCCAGUGCUCUGUCCGCUGCUUCCUCUGCCUGCGACCACAUCCGGAACUGGGUGAAGGGCACACCCGAGGGCUCAUGGGUGUCCAUGGGAGUGAUUUCUGACGGUUCGUACGGCGUUCCCAAGGACAUCAUCUACUCCUUCCCUGUCACCUGCAAGGAUGGCGAGUGGACCAUUGUGCAAGUCGUCACAUUCACUACCGUUGUGUCUCUGUAUCAAUCCGUCUUGGUUAACCUGGCAGGGCUGUCAAUCGAUGCCAACUCAAGGGCGAAGAUGGACGCCACAGCAGCAGAGCUUGUCGAGGAGAAGGAGCUUGCAUACGAGUGCCUGAAGGCGUAA